CAUCUGACACUGUUCUCCGCACAGGGUCAUUCUGGGGUUCUAGCAGCCGGCACCAGCCCUCCCGGCCCCGUCCCCACCCGCCGCGGGGAAGAUGCCCGAGCAAAGCAACGACUACCGCGUGGUGGUGUUCGGGGCGGGCGGCGUGGGCAAGAGCUCGCUGGUGCUGCGCUUCGUGAAGGGCACGUUCCGCGACACCUACAUCCCCACCAUCGAGGACACCUACCGGCAGGUGAUCAGCUGCGACAAGAGUGUGUGCACGCUGCAGAUCACGGACACGACGGGCAGCCACCAGUUCCCUGCCAUGCAGCGACUGUCCAUCUCCAAGGGCCACGCCUUCAUCCUGGUGUACUCCAUCACCAGCAAGCAGUCGCUCGAGGAACUGGGGCCCAUCUACCAGCUCAUCGUGCAGAUCAAAGGCAGCGUGGAGGACAUCCCCGUCAUGCUGGUGGGCAACAAGUGCGACGAGACGCAGCGGGAGGUGGACACGCGCGAGGCCCAGGCGGUGGCCCAGCAGUGGAAGUGCGCCUUCAUGGAGACCUCGGCCAAGAUGAACUACAACGUGAAGGAGCUCUUCCAGGAGCUGCUCACUCUGGAGACGCGCCGCAACAUGAGCCUGAGCAUCGACGGCAAGCGCUCCAGCAAGCAGAAGAGGACAGACCGCAUCAAGGGCAAAUGCACCCUCAUGUGAGCCCGGGACGUCCCCGGCCCCCGCCGCCUCCCCGUCUCCCACGCCCUCCUCCGCCUCCUCCUCCUCCUCUUCCUCC